GUGAGAAGGGCCUGGGCAAGUCCGGCAAGCCUUUGCACUACAAGGGCUCCAUCUUCCACCGCGUUAUCAAGCAGUUCAUGAUCCAGGGCGGCGACUUCACCGAGGGCAAUGGCACUGGCGGCGAGUCCAUUUACGGAGCAAAGUUCGAGGACGAGGCUUUCCCUAAGAAGCACGACCGUCCCUUCCUCCUGUCCAUGGCCAAUGCUGGACCUAACACCAACGGCUCUCAGUUCUUCCUCACCACCGUCCCGACGCCUCAUCUCGACAACAAGCAUGUCGUUUUUGGCGAAGUCCUGAACGGCAAGUCCGUCGUCCGCCAGAUCGAGAACCUCCAGACCGAGUCGGGCGACAAGCCCCUCAAGGACGCCAUCAUCGCAGACUGCGGCGAAUUGACCGGAGACGCCGCUCUCGCAGCCGACGUGAAGGCCCCGGACGCCAUGGGCGACACCUACGAGGACUUCCCUGAGGACUGUGCAGCCCCACCUGACGCACAGGAAGUCAUCAAGAUUGCUGCCGCCUGCAAGGACUACGGCAACAAGGCUUUCAAGGCCGGUGACUUCAACCUCGGUCUCGAGAAGUACCAGAAGGGUCUCCGCUACAUCAACGAAGAGCCCGACCUGGAGAAGGAGCCCGCUUCUACCAAGGAGGAACUCCAAGCUCUCCGCUUCACCCUAAACAACAACUCAGCUUUGCUCAAUAUCAAGCUCGAAGCCUGGGAUGAUGCCGCGAAGACGGCUACGUACGCUCUCGAUGUUGCCGGAACCAAGGACACCGACCGCGCCAAGGCCCUCUACCGCCGCGGCUUCGCCAACGUUCGCCUCAAGGACGAGGAGAACGCCAUCAAGGAUCUUGAAGAGGCGCACAAGCUCGUGCCGGGUGAUAAGGUCAUUCUUCAUGAGCUUAAUGCCGUCAAGCAGAAGGCGGCAGCUCGUGCGGCCAAGGAGAAGGCGGCUUACAAGAAGUUCUUCCAAUAGAUGGAGGCACUCAGAAAGGGCGCAACACGUCACGUAUCGUGCCGGGAACUGUAUCGGAAAUCACGGCCAAGACGAAGUGUGACCCUGAUGGCAUGAGGCAGGGAGCGAAGACUGGUGGAUGACGAUUCUAUGAUCUGGGCUACUAAAAACAAGGGAAUUCUCUUAAUUCAUUGGAACAUCGGGGCGUACAGAGAAGCAGGCACUGGAAAACACAAGAAAACUCACAGGUAAAUACCUCGACUGAAAGUUCAAUAUCAUUAUAUUAUACACA